AUGGCCUUUACCGAUGAUGCAGUUAAAGCGAAGCUGUCAGCUCUCAAUGAGACGCAGGAGAGUAUCGUUACUGUCGCUCAGUGGGUCAUGUUCCACAGGCGCCAUGCGGAACGGACUGGCCAGAUCUGGCUCAGUAAGAUUCGCGACUCUCCCCCUCCAAAGCGCCUGAACUUGAUCUAUCUUGCCAAUGAGGUUGCCCAGCAAUCUAAAGCGCGCGGUAAAGACGACUUCCUCAUUGCCUUCUCUCCGAUCAUCGUGGAGGCUACGUCAACGGCUUACAAGGGCGCGUCGCAUGAAUUCCAACAACGAAUCCGCAGAGUCAUCGAAGUUUGGAGACAGCGCAAUGUCUUUGAGGGGCCUAUCCUCGAUGCCGUGGAAUCCAGCGUAGACGAAAUCGAUAAGAGUCGCUCUACCACCAAGAAGCAGACAUUGGGGGGUUCUUUCUUCAAGGAUCCUUCCUCGGGUUCUACUCCAUCCGAAUUACAGCCUCUUGUUCCAUUGCAAGUUGCUCUCAGCAAAGCCGCUGUCGGCUCCAACUCCUCCAAUGCAACUGCGACUUCAGAGUUCGAUAAGCUGCACGAUCCCAGCGCCCCCCAGCCAACUUUGCCUGUUCAAGCCGCACGAUUGAGUCAACUUUUGAAAUCGCUUGCCAAUGCAGAGAACUCAGUCUCCGAGGUCAUCAAAUCUCGACGUGCCUUGAUAGAUGGGCUGGAAAAGAUGCUCCAGACAAACCGUGCAGAACUUUCGAAAGAGGAGAAUAUCGCCGCAGAGCUCGCAAAGAAGAGGGACUCGGCCGAUGCCAAGAAACAUGAGGUUGAAGAUGCAAUUAUGCGCGGCCUGACCAACGAAGAUAACUCCACUAGCUCCGAUCACGGCGCACAUGACGACGGAUCUGCUCGCCCGGAAGUCGAAGCCCUCACGCCUCCCCCAGUCGAGGCUAUCACGCCAGUUGGCUCCCCUCAGCCUGAAAAGCAAGGUAUCCGUCGUGGCCCUUUCACCGAGGAGGCCGACGAUGAUGCUCCGGGGUGGGCUAACAUGGAGCAAAUGCCCGAUAUGGGUGAAACUGCUACUGCUGUUUCAUCUGCCCCCCAGAGCCAUGGAAACGUCAAUGACUUUGACAUGGCUAAUGGACCAAAGAGACGCAAAAUUUCACACGGCGAAGAAGAUUAUGCGGCUUUCGCGGGAGGUGAUCUGGAUCCCGAUUUGGCUGCUUUGCUUAAUCAGAGCAAGCAGUAG